GGUAGCAGCAUACGAAACAUAAUAAAAACUUUGUAAAAGUGAAAGACAACUAGGAUUUUAAACUAAUAAAUAAUAUUCGAAAAGGAUUGUAGCAGCUGAGGGUUGACCUGUUGAUGCUCAUUACACACUUAUUUAAAAUGAAACGAAGUUAUUACCACUGCACCAACAAAGCAAAGUUCUUACACUUGCACAAAUCUUCAAUCACUCAUACAUGCAUAAAACGAAUAAAAAUGGUUAACGAAUUAGAAUUGGUGGAAAAGGUGUUCCUUAAGAUAGCAUUUGCAGAGACUGAUGAUCAGUUGCAGUCCUCAUUGAAUGGAUUCCUUGCCCCAGUCCUUUUAAAAUUAUCAAGCCGAGAUGAACAAGUAAAAAAUAAGAUUUUAGAACUCCUAACUCACAUCAACAAAAGGUUAAAAAGUCGGUCAAGAAUACAACUGCCCUUAGAUUCAUUGUUAAAUCAGUACAAGGAUGAGAAAUUGCCAUCCUCAAUUCGGAAUUUUACCAUAAUAUACAUAAAAAUGGGAUACCAAAGAGCUGAUAAGGAUGUACAAAUUAAAUUACUUCCAAAGAUGCUGUCUUGUUUACAAGAUCGACCUGCUGCUCAUCAAAAUAUAAUAUUACAAAGUAUACUGUUUCAAUUAAAUUCAUAUUGUUAUUCGGAAUCAAUAUCAGAAAGAACAGAAACCUUUUCGUUUAUCAAAAAUGACCAAGUAGCUCGAACCAUUUUGGAUUUCUUUUCUGACUUCCUUUUAUUACCGUAUGAUAUGAAUUUAAACAUGAAUGACCCAUCAGUUCUACCACCACCAUCUUUAAGCAAAUCAGCUUUCUCAAGAAUAAAGUCUGAUCCAGUUAUGACAAAAGAACAAAUUGAAGAUGUAAAAUAUUUUUCCUUGUAUUGCUUAUUUUUUAUUUUCCACAUUUUGCUGGAACAACUCUUUUUUUUUCAGGCUAAACUUGGUAUCCUGAAGUUUCUUGGUUCUGAAUUACUUUCAGCCAGAGAGGUUAUUUUGCAUUUUAUUGUUGCUAGCAGCGACAACAAAUAUAGCAUUUCGGAUAAAGCUGAACAUAUGAUCAAGAAAUUUUCAAGUGCUGACAUUUGGGAGGAUGCUGGAACUAUGACGAAACUGCUUAAACUUUACCAAGGCACCCCUGUCAAACCAGCUAAUAUCAUUAGCGAUGUACAAUCAAUAAAUGUUCGGUUGCCUUCCAGUAAAAGACUAAAAAUGAAAAUAUUUCCAUAUCUCCUAAAAUCCAAACUCAUUGUAAAUAUAAAUGCUCCGUUAUGCUUGCAAGUCAUAUUUGAAGGGUUGUUUGGAGAUGACGUCAUCGCAAAGAUCAAACAUUUUGCAUUAGAAUUUAUUCAUCAUAUAAGUCAUUAUUGCUCAGAGAAAACAAUGACAUUUAUGGCACCAUUAUUUUAUCAAGCUUUGUCAAGAGUAGCUAUGGACAAAAAGGAGGAUGUCAAACUGCGUUCCUUGGCAUUUUCUGGAUUUUCAAAAUUAUCCAGAUGUCCAGACAUAUUUCGAAGAGAUAUUGCAUUGGUUCAAAAGUUGUUUGCUAUGCUGGAAGAAGAAGGCCCUGAAAUUAGAUUAUCUCUACAAGAUACUCUUUCUUCAAUAUCUGUAUCUUAUGCUGGAGUCACUGGUAUGGAUGCUACAAUGAUGGAAUCUCUAAUACUCUCUAAUGUUGAAAAAGAAGUGCCAUCUUUACGAUUAGCUGCAGUACAAUUUGCUAAUGCUGUUUUCCCCUCAACACACGUUUUAUCACGUUAUGCUUGUUUGCUUUGCAUUGGAGAUAACAAGGAUGAUGUAAAGGAAGAAGCUAUGCGUGGAUUGUCCAAAUCAAAAUCAAGAAAAGGCUUGGAACAAAAAACAUUUUUCCCAGAGUAUACUGAAGUUUGCGAUACAUUUUAUACAAAGAUAUAUGAACGAAAAUCAAAAUGCAAUGAAGGUUUAGUCUUUCCAUCUGUUGUGUAUGAAAAGUUACUUAAGUACUUGAACGAAUGUUUAUAUGCAAAAGCCAACAUUGUUAAGCAAGAUAUCAUUGAUGGCACAUUUUUACAAAAGUUGAGACAGUGCACUUCAACUAUUCUUAAUGAUGAGGAGCUGACAGAUAUAACCAAAUGCAGUAUAGGAAGACAUUUGUCUUUAAUAAAUGACGCACUAGUACCAACAGGAGGAUACAGCUUGCAUGGUGUAGCUAUAACCAGUCUACUUGAACUUGUUGCAGCUGUACCAGAAAAGAUCUCGCCAUUACUUUCUAAUAAUUUAGAUUGGUUACAAACAUUUCUGUUUUCUCCGAAAGAAGAUGUGAGAGAAUCCUGCGCCUUGUUAAUUAGCAUUGUUAUGUGCACACUACCAGAGAAUAAAAUUCAUCAUCAGUUAGAUGUAUAUUUAACAUAUUUGGAAAGCAAGGUAUUUGAACAGGUACAUGGCAGUAUUUUAGUUAUUGGUUAUGCACUUUCUAAGUACUUUCUGAAUAUUAACAAUGACAAGAUGGACAUUGACGAUGGAGGCCAACAAAAUAAUAUGACAGCUUACGUGCAAAGAUUUUUAACCUUUCUGAGUUUGAAACUUAAAGAUUCAAAUAUUCUGCUUUCAAGUGCCUGCUGUGUGGCUCUGGGUGAGCUUGGUAAACAUUUUGUUUUGCCUAUCUCAAAUAUGGAAGGCGAUACAGAUAAAGUUAGCAAACAAAAAAUCGUAAACGAUUUGGGAGCAUUGCUGCAAACUGCUCCAGAGAGCAAAAUUAAAGAAAAAGCAGCCAUCGCAUUAGGAAAUAUAUGUAUUGGAGACCCUGAAUUUGUGUACAGAGAGGAGAUUAUUAGCACUUUGAUUGAAGCUUCCAAGCUUCGACAACCAGAACUACAUUUUACUAUUGGUGAAGCAUUUUCUUGUAUUGGUGCUGGAAACCUAUCAAAGAUGGCAAAGGAUAGAUGGUUUUUGUCAAAUAAGAGCUGUCAAUCCAACACCACAAGAAAUCACAUGACCCCAGUUCUUCAUCGAAUAAUUAAAGAUUGCAUAUGUAGCUCGAUAUCAUAUGUUCGUCAGGCUGGGGUUAUUUGGCUCUUAUGUAUUGUCAAGUUUUCAUCAGACCAUCCUGCUAUUCAAGAUGAAAUAAAAGAAAUACAAACAGCAUUUAUAAAUCUUUUAUCAGAUAGUGAUGACGUGACACAAGAUGUUGCAUCCAGAGGUGUUGGUUUGGUGUACGACUUAGUAAAAGACGAAAAAAAAGAUGCUGUGGUGUCAAUAUUAGUUGAUCGGCUUAUGUCUGGUAAACGACCAAAGCAAACCUUUGAUAGUGAUACACAAGUUUUCGAGCCAGGAGUGCUUGGAUCUUCACCGGAGGGUGGGAACCUUUCAACAUACAAGGAACUGUGUUCCUUGGCUACAUCUAUGAACAAGCCAGAUCUGAUGUACAAAUUUAUGAACCUUGCCAAUCAUAAUGCCAUGUGGAACUCACGCAAAGGAGCAGCUUUUGGUUUUCUAAGUAUUGCAUCCUUAGCAGGGGACCAAUUGAAGCCAUAUCUAUCAGAAAUUGUUCCAAAAUUAUACAGGUACCAGUAUGAUCCUAAUCCAGGUAUUCAAAAAUCAAUGUCAAAUAUUUGGUCUGCUUUAGUUCCUGAUGGCAAAAAAACAGUCGAUAAAUAUAUUAAAAAAAUAUUAAAAGAUAUAUUGUCCAAUAUUACAAGUAACACAUGGAGGACACGUGAAUCUUGUUGUCUUGCCUUAAACGAUUUGGUUAAAACCUCCUCGCCUGAGGACAUCAUUAAAGAGCUGCCUUCUUUAUGGACGGUGGUUUUUAAAGUAAUGGAUGACAUUAAGGAAUCUGUUCGAAAAGCAGCAACUAUACUUGCAAAGACAUUAAGUAGGCUAUCCAUUCGCUUAUGUAAUGUGAAUCAAUCAAAGUUAGGUCAACAAGCUGUUAAGGAAGUCUUGCCCGUCCUGUUAGAGACAGGUCUGUCUAGUCGAGUUGCUGAAGUCAAAGAACUAUGCUUACAAACGCUUGUACAAGUUACAAAAAAUGCUGGUGCUUUACUCAAACCUCACCUGGCAAAAUUUGUCACUGCUCUUCUCGAAUCAUUAAGUGGUUUAGAACCACAGUACCUGAACACGCUGAGUUUGCAGUUAAGUCAAAGUCAAGAAGCACAGGACAAAUUGGAUGUUAUUCGGAUUUCAGCUUCGAAAUCAUCACCAAUGAUGGAAGCAGUAAAUUUUUGUGUACAAUAUGUAGAUGACGAAGUGUUGGUAGAACUUACUCCAAAGCUGUGCGAUCUUCUUAAAACAGGAUUGGGACUGGGAACAAAGGUCGGAUGCUCAACGUUGGUCAUUUCGUUAACAUUACAAUGUAGAGACAUGUUGAAUCCAUAUGCAGGCAAAGUACUUGGAGCAUUAUUAAAUGGAUUGAAUGAUCGCAAUAAUACUAUAAAGAAAUCGUACGCAAAUGCGAUUGGCCAUUUAAUUAGGCAUGCAAAAGAAGCAAGUAUCGAGAAAUUAUUGAAUAAACUAAUAAAAUGGUAUUUUGAAAAAGAAGAUGAAUCUGUCCACUUUUCUUGUGCGUGGUGUAUUAACGCAAUGGCUAAAUAUUCUCCAGAUACAUUUUAUAAUUAUGCUACUUUGGCACUUCCUCUCGUGUUUGUGGCUAAACAAGGUGAAUCUGUUGUGACUGAAAGUGUUGGGACGAGUAUCCAAGACUUAUGGGAAGAAAUCUGGAAUAACUACACUUCAGGUAACACAUCCGCAAUCAAGUUAUACCUCACAGAGAUCUACACACUAGUUGAGCCAUUGCUCACUCAUCAGUCUUGGAAUAUACGAGAGAAAGGUGGUAAAGCAGUUGUGCAGGUAGCAGAAGCCCUAGGCUCUUCACUGCACCAACCUCAUCUCAGUGAUUUCAUAGUAGCAUUGUUGAAAGCAUUACAAGGACGAACUUGGAAAGGAAAGGAGCAUUUACUCAAAGCCUUAUCAACGAUAUGUACGAAGUGUCGCUCUUCAAUGGUUGAAACACUUGAUAGCAACACUCUUGGCAUCGAUGUUGUUAUCGAAGCUCUUUUAAAAGAAUGCAAAAAGGAGAGUUUGGUAUACAAAGUAUAUGCGGUGGAGAGCACAGCCUCAGUAGUUCAAGAAUGGAAGAUAAACAAAUUCGAAGAGUUUAAACCAAUCAUUGCUUCAUUUCUAGAAUGGAACGAUGAUGAUGACGAUGACGAAAAGGAUCAUUCGUCUAAAACUAAAAAAGAAAAUCUGGCAUGUACCUCUUUUGAAUGUUUGGGUAAAGUUUGGCCCUACGAUGGAGAGUCGCAAGAGCGCCAUUUCCAACAUACGACUGAACUUCUACAAACUUAUUUAAAAAAGAGUACUUGGAAGACACAAUUAUCUUUACUGAAAGCUGCCAUCUCGUUCGUUGACAGAACGGACUGGCAACUUGCUUGUGUUGGUUGGCAAAAUAUAAAAAACGAAAGAGAUGUGGUGGUUGAUUUUAUAUCGUUGUUUAUACCACAAGUUUGCGAAUGUAUAGAAACUACGACAUACUCGUCGGUCAAAUUGAACGGUGUGAAAUUAUUAAAAGAGUUUUAUACAAAAGCAAAAGAUUGUCCAGUGCUCCUCGAUUACCUUAUGACGUAUAAUGAGCGAAGCCAGCAUGUUAUAAAAACGCUCUCAUCCAGCACCAAUUUUGACAUUACGAACAAUGUCCUAGAACUUUCAAAAAUAAUAGCAGCUUUACAAACAUUAUGAUUUGAGUUUUAAAUGCAUCAAUAAAAAUAAAACACACCAGCGGCUGCCAUGUUUUCCUCUUGUCACACGUGAUGUUUGCACGGAUUCGUACAGCAAAUUUGAUUGGCUACAAAAUUACUUGUACGUUUGUGCGCGCGAAUUUAAUUUCCAUUGACCACUUUAUAAUAAAAUGUUGUAUUUUUAAUUGUGAAUUUGCGAAUUUGAAUUUAUGGUUUUUGUCUGUGUUUGUAGUUAUAUUGUCUAAAGCCUUGGUAAUAUAAACCUCGUGAUGUUACAGCACGAGUGUCAUUGACUUCAUAAAGAUUUUUAGCGAAAUGUUUAUGUCCUGUUCUAAGGAAUUGGUCCCUGUACAGAGGUGUGGUUCUUGUACUAUAAAUAUAUAUUUUUCUUUUGUUAAAUUAUUUUGUAGGAUUACAUUAAAUUAUAUUCGCUAUGAAAAUAAUGAGUAUUAUGUUUAAAAAACGGCGAAAUAUAUAUUUUUUCAGUUCCA